AUGUCACAACAAUUACCCAAUAAACAAACUCAAAAUAAAUGUGAAUCAGGGGUAGGACAGAAAAAAGCGCGAAGAAAACGUAAGAAAAAAUCCAGUGGUAACCAAAAAGCAGUACGCAAAGACACUAGGAAAAAGAAUUCUAAGUUAUCCAUAUCAAUGAGUUUAUGGGCGGAAAAUUUUGCUGUGGCCACAACAUGGCAAUUGAAACACCAGCUAGCAUACUGGAAAGCAAAGGCUAUUGGUUUAGAGUACGAGAACAAACUUUUACAUGAUAUUAUACGGAAAAAUCAUUUUGUAGAUGAUGAUUGUGUUAAUUCUGAUGUAGACACGAAUGAGUUUUCAGAAAACGAGGAAUCAGUUGAUAACGACGACAGAGAAAUAGAAAAUUUUAAAGAAUGUGCUGAUGAAAUGGAUUUUGAAGUUAGUGAGGAAUUUAUACAGUUUUUGGCGGCAAAUGCUAAAUAUAAAGAAGAUGCUAAAAGGGAAAGGGAACUUUUAAAAGCGAAACAUGAACAGGAAGAGUUAAAUGUAAUUCAAGAAAAAUUGGAGACCUCUGAGGAGAAGGAACAAAGAUUAAAAGAGUUGUAUGGAAGUCGCUGGCAAAGAAUAUCUGCUAUAGAAGUCGCGAUGCAAUCACAAUUUAUUAAUGAAACUGACAAAGAUCAACCAAUGUAUUGGCCUAAUAUACCAUUUAAUUUUGAAUUUAAUGGUGAUUAA